AUGACAAAAUGUCUUCUCAAGGCUUUAAAAGCCGUUGACCUUGACAAACAUAUUGGAUUAUUUCGUUCACUUGGUUAUGAUUCUGCAGGUGCAUUAGCACAUUUUCGUACCGAACAUUUUGAAAAAUUAAAUUUCAAUGAACAAGAAUUACUUCAUUUAAUUUCUUUACUGGAUGUUCUUAAAGAAGCAACACGUGAUGGAAAAAUUUGUACACAUAAUUUUUCUUCAACAAAAUCAACUCAACAACAGCAACAACAAUCAAAUAUCAAAUCUAAUCCUAUUAUACGAGCUGCUUGGUGUGAUGAUACAAAUCCACAAAAAAAUUCUCAAUCAAAAAGAUCUAAAAGUUCAAUAGAUAUAACAAGACGUUCAUCAAUACAACGGAAUUAUUCAGAUGAUUUUAUAAUACAAAAAACAUCGACAGUUCUUAGUAGAGAACAUAUUAUACCAACAAAACCUAAUCAUCAAAUUAUUUCAGGAUCAAAAUCAUUUUUAAAUCGACCACCAAUUGAACAUGUGAAAGUUAAAUCAUAUAAUUAUGGUAUUCCAACUAGUAGACGUUCACGAAGUAAUACUCAUCGUAGUAAUUUUCAACAGGAAACAAAUUAUCAUCAUAGUCCAUUAUUUGUUUCAUCUCCACGUCAUGCAACUGAUACAAUAUCAUAUGCGAAACCAGCUGAAAUAUAUGUUUAUGCUCGUAAACGACCAUUAUUAUCAAAUGAAACUAAUUUUGAAGAUACAGUAACUGUACCUGAUAAUAAACGUGUAAUUAUCACAGAAAACAAAGCAAAUCUUGAUUGUACACCUUUACUUAAAAAAACGGAAUUUCAAUAUGAUCAAGUAUUUGGAUCUGAUAUUUCUAAUAAACAAGUAUUUGAAUCAACUGUCUUACCAUUUAUAUCAACAGAUCAUCGUCAUAAUUUAACUUAUAUUUGUUUUGGACAAACAGGAUCUGGUAAAAGUCAUACCAUAUUUGGUAGUAAAAGUACAGAUGGUUUACUGAUUUAUUGUACUCAACUAUUAUUACAAGAGGUUAAUAUUGAUAAUAAACUUAUUUGUUCAUUUUAUGAAAUAUAUAAUAAUCAAGUUUAUGAUUUAAUUAAUGUUGGAAAAAGAUUAUUUGUACGUGAAGAUAGUGAACAUCAUGUAAAUGUUAUUGGUGUAACCGAAGUUCUAUUAAAAAAUUUAGAUAAUUUACGUUGUGUCAUUGAUAAUGGUUUAACACGACGACAUCAUGGAAAAAGUGCAUUUAAUUCAAAUUCAUCACGUUCACAUGCAGUUUUUCAAAUUAUAUUAAAAGAUAAUUAUAAUUCAGGAGAAAAUUUCAGACUUAUAUUUAUUGAUUUGGCUGGUAGUGAACGUGCGACAGAUGCCCAAAAUAAUCUUCGACAAACUCGUCGCGAAGGUGCACAAAUAAAUUGUUCAUUAUUAGCAUUAAAAGAAUGUAUACGUUCAAUGGAUCUGACACAUUCACAUGCACCAUUUCGACAAAGUAAAUUAACACAUAUAUUACGAGAUUCUCUCGUUGGUUCGAAAACACGUACAUGUUUAAUGGCAAAUGUAUCACCACCAAGUGAUUGUUGUCAAUGUUCAUUAAAUACACUUCAAUAUGCUUCACGUAUUCGUGAUAUAAGUAUUCGGCAUCGAAUUCGUACAAUGCCAAUAGUUGACAUACAAAUGAAUUCAAAUGAUAAUAUUAUAAAAGAACAAGAAAUUGCUCAUGAUAACCCACAAAGAAUAUUUCGACCAGCAACAGCAUCAACACCAGUUCAUCGACUUAUUUCAUCAACUGAUGAAAAUAUUUAUAUGUCAAGAAAUCAAACAGAUAUCGAUGCUCGUAAAACCAAACCACUUGAUAUUGAUUGGCAAAUAGCCAAUGACGAUAUUCCAAUAACAGGUGGUGGUGAUAAUCAUUUAUUAAAAACUUUAGCAUCAUUAAAACGUGAUUUUAAAAUAAAUUCCCAAACAAAUAAUAAACAGCCUAUAAAUCGUUUACAUCAAAAGAAAAUCGAUGAUAAUGAUGAAAGUCCGUCAAGUUAUUUUCCAUUACCACAAUCUGAUAUUAAAAAAUCUUCAUUAAAUAAAACAAAUAAAAAGCCACAGUUAUAUGAAAAUUCACGUCUUAUGUAUGAGGAUGGAAAUGAACGACAAUGGAAACCAAUUUCAUCUACAAUAUCUCAACGUCUUUCCGAUCCAUCCAUCAAAUCUUCAAAUCCGACGAAACUUACUCAUGUUGCCGCUUCUACUCAACUAUUUGAUAAUAAACCAUAUAGUAAUGGAACAAGUACAGAAAAUCUUCGAACAAAGACAAUACUUAAUGAUAAACGACAUAAAAAAUCUAGUUCACAUAAUACAUUAGCUAAAAGUUUAAAUAUAAAUAAACAAUAUGAUAUAGGUAAAAUUACAAAAGAUAUUGAACCAAUGAUUUAUUCAGAUCGUCAAACAGCAUAUCGAGAUCAAACAGGAUUUUAUACGAAUCGUAAUGAAUUAUUAUCUAUUGUAUCAAGUCGAUUAUCAACCGUUGGUCAACGAGCAUCAUCAGUUGUAACUCCAAGAAAAUCAAGAAUUAAUUCUCAAAAUUCUAUUAUUAAUUCAUCACAAACAAAUAAAUCUAAGAAUUUGAUUUCAUCAUCAAAUAAAACACGUCAUAAAACUCGUCCAAUUAAAUCUGCAUCAUCAACAACUAGUAUUGCAAGUGACAAUCCAAUAAAAAAAUCUUCUUUUGAUAAUAAAAAACUUAAAACUACAUCAUCAUAUGAUUAUCAAAAAUUCGAUCCAACAAUUCGACAUUCACCUAAUCGUCAUCAACGAACAGUACCUUUACGUGUUCAUUACAGUUCUGAUUCCGAAGAAAAUGAUAAUGAAAAAAUACAUCAAAGGAAAUUCUAUCCAUCGAAAUAUCCUGUAUAUUCAACACGUAGUGAAGCCUGUCAAACAACAGACGACAUUUAUUCAAUGAAAAAUGAACAAGAACAAACAGAGGAUUAUUUACUUUACAAACAAAUUCCUAAAGAGAAAGAUACGAUUAAGAAUGCAGAACAAUCAUCAUCAUCAGCUUUCGCACCAAUAUUAACAUCAUUAUCCUCGCCAGCAUUACUAUCAAGUACAUUAACACAAGCUCCACUUGACUCAGCUAAAGCUCUCUUUAAUUACUCAUCACCACCGCGAUCAUCGACAAAUGUUAAUAAUCCACAACCAACAUCAAGUUCAUUCAGUUCACCAUCAAAAGAUUUUGCACUACGAGUAUCAGAUCAAUUAAGUGCAUUACGUACAUUACUUGAAACUCAUCUCGUAGAAUCAAAUGAAAUAAAACGUUCGACAAAAGAUUCUUUAAUAUUUCAAUCAUCUCCAGGUACAUUUGCAAAAGAUUUUCUUAAAUCAUAUCGUCAACCGUCAGUUCGAAGUAAUUCAACUGAGUUACUUACUGAUACUGAUGAUGAUGAUAAAGAAGUCGCAAGAAAUUUCCAUAAUAAUAAUACUGAAAAACCAUUACAAUAUGAAAGUGAUCUUUUAUCAUCAACAAAUCCGCCUGAAUUUUUAUCAAAAUAUCAAUAUGAACAAAUAAUUCAGCCAAGUUUAUCAUCACUUUCAAGUGUACUAAAUCAAAUACGAGCUAAUUCAUCUGAUGAACCUCCAUCAAUAUCAAAUCUAGCAGUUAAAAUAGAUACAAAAGAAUCAUCAAAUUUAUUAAAUCAAAAUGAUGAAAAUAAUGCUAUUAAUAAAAAUAAUAGUAUGACAACAAGUGAUAGUGAACAUACAUCACAAGUAAAUUCAGCAUUACAAAAUCCAUUUACAAAAACAUCAUCGGAUGGUUCAUAUUCACAUCAUUCUUUAAUACGAUCACCUAUUCAUGUAUCAUCCUAUGAUAUAACGAAUAGAAAAAAUCAUGAUCAUGAACAUUUAAUAGAUCAUAGUAAAAGUAAUUCAUUUCUAACAACGUCUCCAUUCGAUACAUUAUUGAACAGUCUUAAAGUUAUGCGUGAAAAAGAUCUGGAUUUUGUUGUUCAUACCGGCGAUGAUAAACUCAUUCCUGUUGCCGAGUAG